AAACACUGUCAUGUGACCGUACGUGUGUUCAAGAUGUCUGCGCCCAUGGACAACAUGCCACAGGAGAAUAAGGGGGAUAUUUGUGAAAUUGAGGCGACAGUUGUGUCAGGUUUUGAAAAUGUUGCCAAGGAAGAGGCAGAGGAAAAGCUAAAAGUUCAAGUGGAUUUCAAACGUGGCCGAAUCAUUUUCAAAAUUCCUACAGAAGAUGUUAAUAAGGUCUUGGAGCUUGGAGGAAUUGAUAACUGUUUUGUUGUCAUGUCAAGAUUUUCCAAUGUCAAUUUCACAAAUGAUGAGCUAGAGUGUAUGGCCAUUCUUCGGAAACUUGUUUAUGAUGUAAACUGGAAACUUGGACUCUCUGCUUGGAGUAGAAUAUUUUCAUUUGCUCACCCUAUUGCCAGCACUCCAGAUGUUAUACCAAAAGAUCUAGGGGAGGCAACUCUUUCCUCGAGAUUUCAUAAUCCAAAGGACCCAUCUCUAGAACCCAAAAAACCUAAGUUAUCAAAAUCUGAGAAAAGGAAGCUGCGGAAAUUGCAAGCAAGAGAAAAAGGAAAAGAUGUUCAACAAUUUGCAAAGGGAGAGAAUGUGGAAAACACACAAGAUCUGGAAAACACAGCUUCAGUGGAUGGGAGCAGUGAUAUUUCCAAGGGUACGAAAGAGAGCAGUGAAAUUUCUCAAAAUCUGUCAGACAAUAUUCCAGCACAUGUGACUGAGACAGAAAAUAACGAGGCAGAAAAUGUAGAAACUGACCAAUCACCAGUCAUCAAAAAGAUAAAAACAACAGAAAAUAUCCAAUCAGAAAAUUUAGAGACUGACCAGUCAGCACCCACAGAGAAACAAAAAUUAACAGGUCAUGACCCUACAAAACCUUCAUUCAGAGUGACAUGCAAUCGCAAUGGUCACGGCCACCCUUUUGACUCCAUGGGGGCAGCUGCUAAUUUUGGAGGGGGCGUGUUCAACUAUUUCAACUGGAAUGUGUCCAUGAAGAAUUUUGACAUUGAGGUGAUUUUAAACAUUGAGGAUCGUGAUGUUACAGUAUGUCUUGGUUUAACACGACAAUCUCUCCAUCAUAGAUUUAUCAAAGCUUUUGGACCAACAGCUCUGAGGGCUACUAUUGCAUACAAUAUGCUCAGACUUUGUAAGAUUGAGCCGGGAGAGGUGAUCUGUGACCCAAUGUGUGGGGGAGGAACUAUUCCAAUACAGUCAGCAGUAUCGUAUGAGACCUGUGUCAGUUUAUGUGGUGAUAUGAUAAAUAAUGCUGUGAAGAGAACCAUGCAGAAUAUUGACUUUGUGCGUCAGUCUCAGCCUAUUUCAUUGGAUGUUGUGAGAUGGGACGUGACCAAAUUACCUCUGAAAACGGAGAGCAUGGAUGUGUUUAUCACUGAUCUGCCAUUUGGAAUAAGGAGUGGAUCCAAAAUGAACAAUUGGAAACUGUAUCCUAACACCCUAAUGGAGAUGGCGCGAGCCUGUCGAGUAGAGAGAGGCCGGGCAUGCUUACUGACACAGGACAAGAAGUGUAUAAAUAAAGCAUUAUCAAUAACGGCCAAAUACUGGAAGUGUAGAAAUAUGGUGGGAUUCAACAUGGGAGGGUUAGCCGCGUGUGUGUACGUACUCCACAGGACAGUAGAAAAGUAUAAUGCUGAGGACGCUGCAGCAAUGCUGGGGGAAGCGCUGGCACAUGCCAAGAAAAAAGAAGGGUCUCCAGUUAAAACUGAUCAGGCCUAGCGGACUCCUAAAAAAUAACUUAACAAGAAAUGGGAAUUAUAUGUAGCCUUUUAGUAUUUGCAGCAACAAAAAGCAA